AUUACAUCAGAAGCAUCUUUGGGGGCAAAAGAGAAAGAAAGAAGAAGAGAUCGCGAUUGUAUAAGCUCCUCCAUUGUCGACGAAAAAGCUACCCUUCGCAAACCCUAAAAACACUUGCUUCUCCAAUCAAAAUCACGCGGGAAAAUCCAAGUCCAAUAGCUUAUCCUACCCGGGUUCCAUAGUCUAGCUGAUUAGGGGUUUUCUAUACCUGGGCUCUAGUGGGAGGUUGCGAUUCGUGAGAUCUAUCUGCCUUGUGAAACGUGUAAGUUGAUCAUGGUAUAGCUGUUAUUUGUGCAAAUCAAGAUAUGGAAUCAGAGAGCGCCAAGUUUGGAGGUCCAAGAGAAUUGGGUGGUGCACGUGAUCUUAUAACUCAGUACAAGCUGUUGCCACACCAUGAAUUCUUUUGCAAGAGAUCACUUCCUGAGUCGCUUUCAGAUGCUCAUUACCUUCACAAUGUGGUGGGCGACACAGAUAUUAGAAAGGGAGAAGGAAUGCAGCUGGAUCAGCUUAUUCCAAAUGCGUCUCAUAACCGAGAUACAAAUGCUCGCAUCCAACCUUUUGUUCUAGAUGAACUUAAAGAGGCUUUUGAGCUUAAUGAUACAUCUCCUGUUGAAUUGCCUCCUGCAGAGAAGGGUGCUCUUACCAUUGCGUCAAAAUCAAAAAGCGAGUCAAAAGAUAGGGACAGGAAGCAUAAAAAACACAAGGAUAGGAAUAAGGAUAAAGAUAGGGAACAUAAGAAGCACAAACACAAGCAUAAAGAUAGGAGCAAAGAUAAGGAUAAAGACAAGGAUCGCGAGAGAAAGAAGGAAAAAAGUGGACACCAUGAUAAGAAAAGGAAGCACAAUGGGAAUGAAGAUCUUGAUGACGCUCAGCGGCACAAAAAGAGCAAGCAUAAGAGUUCCAAGGUUGAUGAGCGAUAGAGGUUGGGGGUUGGAGGUUGAAGCGGUGGAGAGACUUAAGUUUUUGUAUUACACAUCCAAGUAGGUGGAGGUUUAGAAACAGCUACCGUACUCACUUUUGAAUACUUUGUUAGGCCAGUGUCCAUGUGUUCUCUUCUGUUCAUGUCAGUCCCGUCACUAGAUAACGAUGUCUUUAGUGACUGAUGGACUGAAUGCUGCUAAUCUGACAUUGGAACUCGAUUUUUUUAAUUUGUCAGAUAUUGAAAACAUCAAUGAUCAUAUAUUUCCUGCUC